AAUCAGGUGGUACCAUUGACCGAUAGUGGGACUCGAUGGCCGCGAGUGUGAUUUCAGUGGACGCGUUUAUGAAGCUUUGAAUUAAAUCAUGAUUUCUGGAUCAUCGUUGAUUUUAUUUGCAGUGAUCAGUGUAAGUUUAAGUGAUGACGGUCAUGAAAUGGAAGAGUUUUUAAAGCGAGAGUAUUCACUGUCCAAGCCUUACCAGGGUAUCGGUGUGUCGGGUUCAUCUCACUGGGAGCAGAUGGGAGACGCUCUGGUCACCACCGAUCACGUGCGUCUCACUCCAGACCAGCAAAGCAAACAGGGAGCUAUUUGGAGCCGAAUACCGUGUCAUCUGAGGGACUGGGAACUACAGGUGCACUUUAAGAUUCACGGUCAGGGGAAGAAGAAUCUGAAUGGAGACGGUCUGGCCAUCUGGUACACCAAGGAGCGCAUGCAGAAAGGUCCGGUGUUUGGAAACAGGGAUUUCUUCACAGGACUUGGCGUGUUUGUGGACACCUACCCCAACGAGGAGAAACUCAUGGAGGCCCAGAGGAAGAGAUACACGCCCCGCACACAGAGGAUAUUCCCGUACGUGUUGGCCAUGGUGGGCAAUGGCACCAUAAGCUACGAUCACGAGCGGGAUGGGCGGCCCACAGAACUAGGCGGCUGUAACGCCAUGGUGCGCAACCUGAAGCACGACACCUUCCUGUUCAUCAGAUAUGUCCGGCGCAGACUCACGAUCAUGAUUGACAUCGACGGGCAGCACGAAUGGAGAGACUGUCUGGACGUUCCUGGCGUGCGUCUGCCGCAGGGCUUCUACUUUGGCGUUUCAGCCAUCACUGGAGAUCUGUCAGAUAACCAUGACCUGAUCUCAAUGAAGCUCUACCAGCUGACCAUCCUGCGCAGCAAACAGGAGGAUGUGGAGGAGCAGGAGGUGCUGAUACCCAGCGUGGACAACAUGGAGCUUCUGAGACCGUACACAGAUGCGGAGGGCAUGAGCAGCAUCGCCAUCUUCUUCAGCGUGCUCUUCUCCAUGCUGGGUGUGUUUCUCCUGGUGGUUGUGGGACUCGUACUGUACGGACACUGGAGCGAAAGCAGACGGAAACGCUUCUACUGACCCGUUCUCAUCUCAGCACUUCCUGUCUGAAUGUUUCUGUACUCUAUGAAUGAUGUGGUCCACUGAAGUUUGGACCUCUGAACACUCAACCCGUUGUCAGGUUCCAGCUUCAGAUGACGAAGCUGGACAUGAUGAGAGCAUCACAAGAUCUGAACUCUCCUCGCAUCCUGCGCUUCUGCUGCCUUCAUUCUCAUAACAGACCCAAUAUUUAUUCUUUAUUAUUUAUUUAUUGUACAGAGCAUGUUCCAUCUUGUUUUUUUUUUUGGCAAAAUGAUUAUCUGUCUCUAUUCAAAUGGGAAAUCUAAAGAUCUUAUGGAAUUGAAAUUAAAAUGUUGUUGCUUUUACGCUCUUUUAUCUGUAUGCCACUAUGGUAAUGCUAAACACUGAGCAUUCAACACUUGAAAAUGUGUCACUCUGAGCUGAAUGUAAAUG